AGUCGCAGCAAGCGGUUAAACAUUCAAGUCAAAGCCUUUAACAAGUGAACAAGUAAAAUAUAAAAAAAGUGAAGUGUGGAGAAAAAGUAAAAAUCUCUUAAAAGCGUAAUAAGAUUUAACAAGAAACUUACCUGUGCGAGUGCAAACGAAAAGAGCAGAAAACAAAGUGAAAAUGCCAGCCAUCGGUAUUGAUUUGGGAACCACUUACUCGUGCGUUGGUGUCUUCCAGCACGGCAAGGUGGAAAUAAUUGCCAACGACCAGGGCAACCGCACCACGCCCAGCUAUGUGGCAUUCACAGACUCGGAGCGGCUGAUCGGUGACGCUGCCAAGAACCAGGUGGCCAUGAAUCCGAACAACACGGUAUUCGAUGCAAAGCGUCUGAUUGGUCGGAAGUACGACGAUCCAAAGAUUGCAGAGGACAUCAAACACUGGCCAUUCAAGGUGGUGAGCGACGGCGGCAAGCCCAAGAUUGGGGUCGAGUUCAAGGGGGAACAGAAGAAGUUUGCGCCAGAAGAGAUCAGCUCGAUGGUGCUCACCAAGAUGAAGGAGACAGCUGAGGCGUAUCUGGGACAGACCAUCACCGACGCCGUGAUCACAGUGCCUGCGUACUUCAACGAUUCGCAGCGCCAGGCCACCAAGGAUGCGGGCCACAUUGCCGGUCUGAAUGUGCUGCGCAUCAUCAAUGAGCCGACAGCCGCCGCUUUGGCGUACGGCUUGGACAAGAAUCUGAAGGGAGAGCGCAAUGUGUUGAUUUUCGAUCUGGGCGGCGGCACCUUCGACGUCUCAAUCCUUACCAUCGACGAGGGUUCUUUGUUUGAGGUGAGAUCCACAGCCGGCGACACACAUUUGGGCGGCGAGGACUUUGACAAUCGCCUUGUCACUCAUUUGGCGGAGGAGUUUAAGCGAAAGUUCAAGAAGGAUCUUCGCUCCAAUCCCCGAGCUUUGCGCCGCCUGCGCACAGCAGCUGAGCGUGCCAAACGCACUCUCUCGUCCAGCACAGAGGCCACCAUUGAGAUAGACGCAUUGUUCGAGGGCGUCGACUUCUACACGAAAGUAAGCCGCGCCCGUUUCGAGGAGCUGUGCGCCGACCUCUUCCGUCAGACUCUCGAUCCGGUGGAGAAGGCACUGAACGAUGCCAAAAUGGACAAACAACAGAUCCACGACAUUGUCCUUGUGGGAGGAUCUACGCGCAUACCGAAGGUACAGAGCCUGCUCCAGAAUUUCUUCGGCGGCAAGACUCUGAACCUCUCCAUAAAUCCAGACGAGGCGGUGGCCUACGGUGCAGCCGUUCAAGCUGCAAUCCUCAGUGGCGACAAGAGUGACCAGAUCCAGGGCGUGCUUCUGGUGGAUGUGUCGCCCCUAUCGUUGGGCAUUGAGACCGCCGGCGGAGUGAUGACGAAGCUAAUUGAACGAAACAGCCGCAUACCUUGCAAGCAGACAAAGACCUUCUCCACUUACGCGGAUAACCAGCCCGCCGUCUCCAUCCAGGUGUUUGAGGGCGAACGCGCCAUGACGCGCGACAACAAUGCGCUGGGCACCUUCGACCUAUCCGGCAUUCCUCCUGCUCCGCGCGGUGUUCCCCAGAUUGACGUGACCUUCGACAUGGACGCCAACGGCAUCCUCAAUGUGACAGCCAAGGAGAUGAGCACGGGCAAGGCGAAGAACAUAACGAUCAAGAACGACAAGGGUCGCCUCUCCCAGGCUGAGAUCGACCGCAUGGUGAACGAGGCCGAGCGCUAUGCCGAAGAGGAUGAGAAGCACCGCCAGCGUAUAGCGGCGCGUAACAGCCUGGAGAGCUACGUGUUUGGCGUGAAGCAAGCGGUGGAGCAGGCCCCCAGCGACAAAAUUAGUGAGGCCGAGAAGUCUACUUUGUUGGCGAAGUGCAACGAGGCCAUCAAGUGGCUGGACUCGAACACCACCGCUGAGAAGGACGAGUAUGAAUACAAGUUGAAGGAGCUCACCCAGCACUGCUCACCCAUCAUGACCAGAAUGCAUCAGGGGAAUCCUUCAGCUGCUGGCUCCGGCAACUGUGGCCAACAGUCGGGCGGAUUCGGGGGCUACAAAGGCCCCACUGUCGAGGAGGUGGACUAAAUUAGGCAGCACAAUACCGGCUGCCUAGGGGGGGAAGGGGUUAUAGUUAUAACUGUAUAUAUAUAUAUAUAUAUAUAUAUAUCUCAGCAUUGUUAACUAUAUGUAUAUUUAUUUUAAGCUGUGACUGGAUUUAAUCUGAUAUUACCAAAUUAUCAAGUUAAGACGUUAAGACGUGCAAACCAAAAUUAACUUUUAGCCUGUCCAGAAAACUCAAAAUUAUUUGUGUUAGUUAUGUUUAUUAACAAACAAAUAGAGCAAUAUAAACAAUUUCAAAU